AUGAAGCCUGAGGCAACAAUUUACCAGAAAACGAACCUUCUUCACGUCUACGAAUAUACCGCCACUAUCGUCAAGUCUGAUCACUUAAUCCCCGACGACAUGUCGCAAGGGCUCAAACAAGGUGGCAAUACUUUAGAAGAUACCCCUGCUUCUGGCAAGGAUUGGCAUCCCGGCAGCGAUAGAAAGCCUAUGAACCUCGAUGAGGACGACAAGGAGCAGGACGGUGAUCCAAAUCACACCUCUGAGAAGGAAGUCCAACAUCGCGGCUUACUGUGGCUCUACAAGACCCAUCCCGUUGUUACGCCGGAGCCUAGCCUCGACCCUAAGCUGAAGUUCUAUGCCGAGAAUGUCAAGUUGAUGGAAUUCUUCCACGAUAUCCUUCCACAGACCGGGCCUUAA